AUGUCCACCCAGGAUGAAGACAUUAAUGCUCCUCUCCUGGAAGGAAAUCUUGCGCCAGAGUAUGGGAGUACUGCAGGCCCUGCGUCUAGCCUAGUGCCCCAUGCCUCAUUUCGGCGGAACUUGGGCACGUCCGAGGCGUUCAGCAUCAUCAUCAAUAUCGUAACCGGAAGCGGGAUUUUCACCUCUCUUGGCGCCAUUGACACCAAUGUCCUCUCCCCAGGUGCUGCAACUAUGGCCGAGCUCGGGGCGGCGAUUCCGGGUGAAGGAGGUGUCCAACAGUACCUUCAGUAUAUCUACGGCGAGGCCUUUGGCUUCCUUGCCGCGUGGACAUGGGCCGUUGCGGUGGUGCCGGCCUCACUCGCCAUCUUGAGCAUUGUGUUUGUUGAAAGCAUCUACUCUGCGACCGGGGUGACCGAUCAACCCGAUAGGAUAGCACAUAAGCUUCUAUCCUCUCUGGUGUUGCUCAUUGUUAGCAUGGCGAACUCGGUCAGUACCCAGUUCAGCACGCGGCUUAACACAUUCUUUCUCACCACAAAGUUCGCUGCUAUCGCACUCACUGUAGUUGCGGGACUGGGUGUCGUCCUCUAUCACCUUGCUCGCUGGGAUAGGGAUAAUUCACGCGAACCACAGGACUGGCUGACGAGAGGAGAUAGAGUGGCAGAAGUUACAUGGGUGGGAAGCUCUCGGCCAUUAUUCCGCCGCACUUUAUGGUGCACUGCAAUCUAUGUCAGCGCCGAACUUUCUUCUCCGGCCCGUCAGUUGCCUUUAGCCAUCAAUACCGCGGUUCCCAUUGUCAUCCUCAGUUUCAUCGCAGUGAAUAUUGCCUACUAUAUCCUCCUGCCUUGGAGAGUAGUGUCCACAACAAAUAGUGUAGCAGUGACAUCGUUUAGUCACCUACUUGGACCAACAUUUGGGGCCAUAGCAGCGGGUCUUAUAUGCCUGGUGGUGGCAGGAUCCUUGCUGGGAAGUUCGUUUGUCGCCGGUCGCAUUGUGGUUGCUGCAGCCAAUUCCAACUGGUUGCCCGCCUUCCUGGCCCGCAUUGGCUCCGUUUCACGGCGAUCGACCUCGACAGCAGAUGCCCCCAUCAAUGCGAUUCUCUUCUCUACCGCCUGUUCCAUUGUGUAA